GUGCGCAUGCUCAGGAAGGCGAAACGCUAAGACUGACGCUUGGCUGCUCCGCCCGGGAAGUUUCUUCUCUCUCUCUAGCUUUCUUGCAUUCAUUCAUCCUUUAGUACAUAGGAGAGGAGAUGGGUGCGCGGUGUCUCGCCUGGUAAUAGCUCCCCCUCCCCCCGUGUGGGACAGAAGUUCAGCUCGCUGUGCAGUUAUCCGUGCCUGGUGUAUGGAGCCGGGGGGAGUGCGCUGGGUGCUUGUGUUAAUCCCAUACUGAGCGGUAAGUUACUCCCUCACAGGCCGGGGGCUGGCACUAGGAAUGACAGGGGAGGCCCAAGGUUAGUCAGCUUCACAGUGCAUCAUGGGAGUUGUAGUUCUAUAGGAGUUGGAGCUCUGCCUUCCAAGCAUCUUGACUUAUAAUAUCCUUCAUCAAAUGUGCCAGAAGUCUUAAAUGCCAGUUAUAUUUGGCUAAAGGCUUCUUUCCAUGUAGUUGUCCUGCCUGUUGGUCUGUGCAGUCAUUAAUCUAAACCUGAAACAGAUCUUGGGGUGUGUAGAGUAUCGGAUACUGGCAUCGUAUAAGGGUAUCGGAUACUGGCAUCGUAUAAGGGUAUCGGAUACUGGCAUCGUAUAAGGGUAUCGGAUACCGGCAAUCGCAUCAGUAAUCGGAUACCGGGCAAUCGUACCAGGGCAUCGGAAACCGGCAUCGCACUAGGCAUCGGAUACCCGCAUCGCAUUGCGGGGUACGGGACACCGGCACGACUAGGUACGGGACACCGGCACUGCAUCAGGUAUGGAUACCGGCAUCGCAUCAGGGCACGUGGAAACCGGCAUCGCACUAGGCCAUCGGAAACCGGCAUCGCACUCAGGUUAACGGAAACCGCAUCGCAUCUGGCAUCGGAACUGGGCACGCACUUUCAGUGACGCAAACCGCAUCGCAUCAGGGUACCCGGAAACCGGCAUCGCAUCAGGGUAAUCGGAAACCGGGUAAUCGCACUAGGGUAUCGGAACCGGCAUCAUACUAGGUAUCGGAAAUGGCAUCGCAUAAGGGUAUCGGAUACCGCACUCCACUUUCAGGGCACGAGCCACCGGCAUCGCGCAUUGGCGGCAUCGCACUGGCAUCGUACAAGGGUAUCGGAUACUGGCAUCGUACAAGGGUAUCGGGUACUGGCAUCGUACAAGGGUAUGGGGUACUGGCAUCGUACAAGGGUAUCGGGUACUGGCAUCGUACAAGGGUAUCGGGUACUGGCAUCGUACUAGGGUAUCGGGUACUGGCAUCGUACUAGGGUAUCGGAUACUGGCAUCGUACUAGGGUAUCGGAUACUGGCAUCGUACUAGGGUAUCGGAUACUGGCAUCGUACUAGGGUAUCGGGUACUGGCAUCGUACUAGGGUAUCGGAAACUGGCAUCGUACUAGGGUAUCGGAUACUGGCAUCGUACAAGGGUAUCGGGUACUGGCAUCGUACAAGGGUAUCGGGUACUGGCAUCGUACAAGGGUAUCGGGAACUGGCAUCGUACUAGGGUAUCGGAUACUGGCAUCGUCCAAGGGUAUCGGGUACUGGCAUCGUCCAAGGGUAUCGGGUACUGGCAUCGUCCAAGGGUAUCGGGUACUGGCAUCGUCCAAGGGUAUCGGGUACUGGCAUCGUCCAAGGGUAUGGGGUACUGGUAUUGUAUUAAGUGGUCUAAGGUGGUUUAUUUAGUGAUGAACUUUGACACACUACCAUAGCAGUUGUGAACAUGUGUUCUAUGAUACAAUAUGGCAUACCUAAGGAGUGACUUGUGACAUGGCUAGUAUGACAUGAUUUACUACUCUAACAAUUUUUGGUUUGUGCAAAGUGGAUUUUAAAUUUUAGGCCAAAAUAACCAAAUUAGAUAUAUUCUCCAAAUAAAAUGUGUUUACCGUUUGGUUAUUUUGGCAUAACGCUUGAAUUGAGGCUUGAACUCCCAACAAUUUACUCUUUGGUGAAUAACAUUGGUAGUGAUUAUAAUAGGAGCUCAGGGACUGUCUGUGAUGUCCUAGCCACUUUCAUGUUGAUGUGGACAUCUAUGGAAACCAUUGACUACUCACAAUUGCUUGGUCAUGAUGAUGUAAUGCUUAUUAAUUCCAGAUGGAUUGGAAAAAAGUUUAGGCUAAAAAAAAAAAAAAAUUUUUAAAGCAGGUGCAAAUAAGUAAAUGUAUGGAAAACAACUCUCAAAAGUCUGACAUGUUUUAUUAUAUUGCAUACUUAAAGGACCACUAUAGGCACCCAGACCACUUCAGCUUAAUGAAGUGGUCUGGGUGCCAGGUCCCUCUAGGAUUAACCCUUUCUGCUGCAAACAUAGCAGUUUCAGAGAAACUGCUAUGUUUACCUAUGGGUUAAUCCAGCCUCCGCGAUUCUCACUGUGAUUUUCACAGUGAGAAGAUACCAGCGUCCAUAGGAAAGCAUUGAGAAUGCUUUCCUAUGGACUGGCUGAAUGCGUGCGCGGCUCAUGCGCAUUCAGGUGAUGACGGGGAAAGAAGGAGGAGAGUCCCCACUGCUGAGGGAGCCUGAGAGAAAAGGUAAGUGUUUAACCCCUUCCUCACCCUAGAGCCCGGCGGGUGGGGGGGACCUAAAGACCCUAUAGUGCCAGGAAAACAAGUGUUUUCCUGGCACUAUAGUGGUCCUUUUAAUUGUAGACUAAUUGCACAAUGUGAGAUUCUAAAUUUUGAAAGGUCUAUCUAAACACAUAGACCACUUCAGCAUAAAAGGCCACUCCAGACCCGUAAAGCACUGUAGAUUGCUGAAUUGCUUUAUAUGUGAAUAGUGGCCUAUAUUUUUCCUUUUACAUAAAGUACAGAUGUCAAUAGAUUUUUAUUUUUUGCAUUUUUAUAAUGUAUAUAAAUUGCAAUAUCAACCUUCCAAAAAGGAAUUAUCCUCAAGGUGGUACAUCCUUGAAUUAACCUUUAUAUUCAGUGGGGCGAAAAAUACCUAUUGCCCCACUGACAAUGAUAUACUGUGGCCAACCAGUUAAAAUUAAAGGUACAUUGUGGGCACCAGGUUCCUGGGCACUUUCUUACCUGAAGGGUGUUUAACCCCAAAGCUUUCCUCCUGCUCCGGAUCUCCAGUUCCCCAGUGGCAUCUGGCUUCUAAAAUUGAAGUGCAAAGUGUUGUCCGGCAGGAGCAUCACUGAAAGUUACCUAGCUAGAAAAAACUGCAUUUGGGAGUCUGUAAUUGGACAGCCACAGAAAGUCUGGGCUUGGUUAGAAGAGAAAGCAAAGACUUUAUAGAAGAGAACUGCAGGUUUUACAAGCUGUUUUUAGGUAAAUCCCCAAUUUUUAAAAAUGCAUUAUUAAAUGCGUGCAUAUUUUCAUUGGGGAUAUAUCUACUAAACAGUAAUAUAUUUAUUUUUAAUUUGGGAAGUGGAGUGUCUCUUCAAUGUAGUUGGUUUGGUAUUUAGAUUAUGACCCUGUAGUUUUAUUGCUCAAUUAUCUGCUUUUCCAUCGUUUAACCACCCAUAGCUAUAUCUCCCUUGGCAGUAAAUCACACAAUCCUCCCUUUACACUUAUUUGGAACAUAGCAAGCAGGGCUCCAAAACAACUUUAGUUUAAUGAAGCAGUUUUGGUGUAUAGAUCAUGCCCCUGCAGUCUCACUGCUCAAUUCUGUCAUUUAGGAGUUAAAUCACUUUUAGACAGCCCUAGUCCCACCUCCUUGGAUGUGACUUACACAGUCUUCCUAAACACGUCCUGUUAAGAGAUCUAAUAUUUAUACGUCCUUUAUUGCACAGUCUGUUUUAACCCCUUAAGGACACAACUUCUGGAGUAAAAGGGAAUCAUGACGGAAUAUUUCCGUCAUGUGUCCUUAAGGGGUUAAUUUAGAAUUUUGUAUCUUUCUCUGUUAUUAGCCUUCUAGACCCUGCAGGAGCAUCCCGUGUGUGAAUAAAGUUUAAUUUACAGAGCAGGAGAUAAAAAAUUUUUAAAAACAAAUUAAAGGACCACUCCACACAUCCAAAAACACUGCACAGUUUAGUAGAUAUAGGGGGCAGGGAGAUAGGCACGCUCAAGUAGAGUGUGCACUAACAGAAGUCAGAAGGAAUCCUCCCUGGCUGUUUGAUUGACAGCCGGGAGGGAGUUCCUUAGUUCAUUUAUAAAAGUGCUGAUUUCGCCUAGUAAUUUGUACUUUUAUAAACUAGGAUACUCCUCACCCAUAAAGAACUCUAGCAAGCUAAAGUGCUUUGGGGGUGUGGAGUGGUCCUUGAAUAUCUAAAUGAAAAUGAAACCAUUUUUUGUUUCCAUGCAGGCUGUGUGAGUCACUGUGUGGCUAGGGCUGCAUAAACCGAAACAACAGUGAUUCAAUUCCUAAAUGGCAGAGAAUUGAGCAGUGAGACCUCAGUCAUGAUAUAUACACUACUUCAUUAAGCUAAAGUUGUUUUGGUGCCCAUAAUAUUCCUUUAAGGUCAGAAUAGCCAAACUAAAUGAAAAUCUCCAAGUCAACUAAUCUUCUAGGUCCGCCAUUUCGGCACAUAUUUUGAAUUCGCUAUACUUUCCUGACAAUUUGCAGUUUAGUGAAUCGCGUUGAGUGUGCAUUUACUUUAGAAUUUCCGAUUUCCUACUGUUAAUUGCCGCUAGUGCAAAGAAAACAAGAAAUCAAAGCUCCCAAGCUGAGGAGCACAGUUUGAGAACUACUCCAGAAAAUAAAAAUAUAGGUCGCGCCACAAUAGAAGCAAAUGUUAUAAUAUAAUAAAACCAAUAGUAUACUAAAAGACAAAAUAUUUAAAAGGAACAGUCCUGGUAAUAAAAUACAGUAAGAAUAAAAAGUAAAAUCGGUCAUGCCACAAUAGACAAUAAAAUAAUGAUUACAGUAGUGUACUUACAUAAAUAAGAUAAAAUUAAAUAUAUAAUAGUCCUGAUUUUAGGGGACCAACUUGAUUUGCGGAGCUUGAGUGUGAUGUAGGUCUGUUAGAAGUACAGAUCUUGAAGUAUUCUGAUUCUCUUCGUUCAGUUCAGAAUAUUCAAAUUAAAAAAAGAGCUCCAAUAGUGUACACUGUAUCCAACAGUGAGCAUAAAAUCUACUUCACAGCAAUGGUAUUCCUACUCACCUAUUAAAGAGCUAGUCCAAGCUCAGGUGUAGAUAGCAUUCAGUGACAUUGAUCCUCCACUGGUAGGUGGUAGUUGAUGAUGUGUAGUUUGAAGUGAAGGAAGUCUCGAUGUGAGGAAAAAAAUACAAUAAAAAAAAUAGUGCUCUCUUUAUAUAGCAAAUAAAAAGAUAAUAAUAAGAUUGUAUAUACUCACAUUUUAGUGAUCAGGGUAUAAUGCUCACUAUAAUAACGUGGGUGGUAUAAUCCCCACCUUGGGAUUCUUGAAUGAGUAUGUACUGCGAUAUUCUUGGUGUCCAGGUUAAAAAUAAAAUACUAAAUAAUAUAUGUACAAAAAGGGGGUUAUGGCACACACAAAGUUUUAGGGGCCAAUAUUCCUUUAAUAGUACAAAUUUGAAAAGCAAUUAAAACAGCCAAGUUGAUAAAGCCCUGUGUUGGUGAAACACGUUUUGGCUGUUUUUAUUGCUUUUCAAAUUUGUUUUUUGUUUUUUUUAAAUAAGUUUUUUUUUUUUUUUGGGGGGGGGGGGUCUGUCAUUCUUUGAACAUAUUUGUGUUCCUCUUAUACCAAAUAACAUGGUAUCAACUCAUUUGGUGUGUUUGCCUUGAAAGCUCAAAUACUAGUAAAAAAAAAUAAAAAAAAUUUGAGCGGGUACCCCAUUUGCAAAAGCUGAUUAAAUUGUCAAACCGCAUCAAUAUUUACAGAUGUCCUGAGUUGCAUCACAAGUGAAUUUAAUGGAUGCUCUGCUAAACAGUGGUCAGUUUAACGUGAAAGUGGUUUUCAGAAUUCUAGGAAAGUAAAUUCUUAUGUAAACAUGAGAAUAAUAUUGUCAUUUUUUUUUAUUCUAGUUUCUCAAUCCUUACAGGAAGUAGCGUAUAUAUCCAAAUUUUGUGUGUGUGUGUGGUUUUUUUUUUUUUCUUCUUAAAGUAGCUAUCUGCUAUAUCGAUUCAUUUUUAUAUGGCAUCCCAGUUAAUUAUAGUUUGAUUUUGCAGUGAUGGCAUCACAGAAAAGGAAAUCAUCCCUGGUUGGACCUACUGCCAAACGCCAGAAAAUUGGUAAAGACAAUGAACAACCUUCUGUUACAAACCAGCGAAGAAACAGUGUUUCAGGUGGGAAGUCCAAAGUCCAGCAAUGCUCACAAAAGAACAAGUCCCAGAAAUCUAAAUCGCCUUCUGUUCCAGCAAAGAAAAGAAAUGGUAUUGCAAAAACUCCUAAAGCCACCCCAUCUUCAAAAAGAAAAACUGCAGGGAAAAGCCCUUUGAAACCUAAAACACCUGUAAAAAAAACAAAUGUGAGAUCCACUUUGCACUCGUCUACUGUGAAAUCUGUACAAAAAAAGAAAACUGCAGAGUCCAAAAAAGCCAGAAAUAAAGAUGUGCCUGCCAGGAAAACAUCAGUGAAAGUACCCAAAGCAGUAACCAGUUUAAGAAGAAAUGAUACAACUUCAGUUACUACUUUGAAAGCCUCAAAGAGUAGUCGAGCUGGUCUGGCAAAGGAAACUGGAAAACAAAAUAAUAAAAACUCAUCCCAAAAAGGUAAAAAGUUGAGCAAGAUUCUUGUCUCUCCUCAGCCAAGAGUGUCUAAGAAGAAGGGUCAAUGCCGCACAGGUAACCAAAUAAAUGAGAAACCGUUAUUGUUGCCACGUGGGACAAAAAGUGAAAAGCUCCUGGAAAGUUCAGGCACAGAUAUUGAGUUGCGAAGGAAAUCUGAAAGGAUUAUUCAGGUAAAAUCACAAUCUGUUUCAACUACUGAGAAGCAAGCAGGAGUUCACAAAGUGGCACCUGCUGACCCAAAGGAGAACAGUAAGCACAAACAUGGCAAGCAGCUUAAAUCAUCUAGUGUAAGUGAAACAAAAGGUAUUCGAUCUAAAAAAUUUGACCGGCUUUCGAACAGACAGCUCUUACCGCACGACGACUUUGAAAGUAAGAAGAGGACUAAAGUGAUGCACACGACAGUUGCUAAGAAUUCCCUAAUUACAAGAAAACCAAAAAAAAACACAGCAGGAACAAAGAAAAAAUCUAAUAAAAAUACUUCUAGUGAAAAUUCACAAAGUGAAGAGCAGAAAAGUCAAAACUUUGACUUGGUCUCCGUAGAUUCUUUGAAAAAUUACAAAAUCGCGGUCUGUGAUUUGUUAAAUACGUCUGUUGGUUCCACUCCUAGUUUUAGUGUAUCAUCACCUGGAAAAACAAAGACUGAAGUGAAAAAGCCAAAAUCAAAGGUACCUUCAGCUACACCUGCAAAACGCAAAGCUAGUGCUAUUAAACCUUUGAUUAAAAGACAGAAAACUGGGCAAUCAGGUGGUGAUAAGCAAGCCCUGUCAGUUACAGAUGACUCAAAAAGUAGAAGGGUUAGUAUCUUGGACUUGUGCCAUGAAAUUGCUGGAGAAAUUGAGUCCGACACACUGGAAGUUGUGAAAGAGGUCCAGAACUCUGAAAAUGUUCCCAAAGAAGAGAGCCUGAUAGGGGAGGAGAUGGAGCAGGAGACAUUACAACUGGUUUCUUCUGAAGAAAGCCCUUCUAAGUGUUUCUUUCCAAGCAGAAAAUCCUCUCAAAUGAAAGCCAAGAUAGAGCAAAAAAAAAGACCUGCACAAAGAAACACAAAAUGGAAUAAAAUCAAGCUGAAGAAGCGCAAUAACUUUGGCCAUAAUAUGCUUAGAAACAGAGCCGUGCUUCCGAGUUUGGCUUCAAUUACAGCAAAACCUGUUGCCUUAAAAAUAAGCCAGCCUAUGGUAAGCACAUUGAGUUCCAGUAAGAGCACAAAUAAAGAUUCUGAUGCAACUUUGUCAACACAAACUGAUUUUAUAAAACCAAACCUCUCAGAGAACAGCAAAUCGAGAACUCCAGACCAAGGAAAUAUAACGGAAAAGAGAGCAGAAAAUGGCAUUUUGGAAAACCAUAUUAAUCAUGAGUUAGAGAUGACACUUGAUGAGGUAAGGUUGUGUUUUAAUGUAACAUAGGUUUUGCAAGAUUGUGCGUGCACCAUAAUGCCAGAUUCAAAUAUUUGUUUUUGUUUUUUGUUGAGGACCACUAAAGGCACCCAAUCAUUUAAUCUCAACAAAGUGGUCUAAGUUCAUUGGCCAUGCCGUUUCAGUACUCCGAUGUAAAACGUUGCUAUUAUUGAAGUGUUUAAUACUCCUCUGGUGGCUGUCUUCCCAACAGUUUUUAGGAAUAUUAUAUUUGUAAAUAUUAUAGAAAAUUACAUUUUGUGCAAGUGAUUGCAAUAUAAUUUAAUGAGCACUCCAAUAUUUUAGUUCAAUGUAAAUCUUAGAUAGACAGACAAACCGUUAGAUGCAGAUUGGUGGUGCUAAAUGAGGAUUUGUAGUGGUUUAACUAGAUGGCUAACCUACUCUUUGAUGCCACAUGAACAUAACAGGAUUGGGACUUUUACAUUAUAUAGCUUGUUUACAAAUGGAUGAUGUUUAGUAGUUUUUGUUUUUUUUCUUGUACAAGUUAAAUCUCAAACCCUUUUUAGUUUUACAGAUUUAAAAAAAUAAUAUAUAAAUUCAUGUUUGUCUAGCACUUUUGCAAGUUGAAAUGUUUACUUUAUAUUGUGUUAUUUACAUUCCUAGAGCUUUAGGUUACAUUUGGAGUCCAGUCCAGAAAACACUCCUUUAAAAAAGGGGGCAUCUCCGUUAGUCGGCAAAGAAGCACAAGGUAUGUGAUUGCUAUUCUGUUUUAAUUUUAUACACAGAGAUCUAUAGUUAAAAUUAUCUUCCUAAGGUAUAAUACAGAGCUUGACAAAUCUGUGGGACCUGGUCAGAAUCAGAUAUUUGAACUGGCUGGACCAUAGGUUUACGUUUCUGGAGAUCAAAAAAUAAAUCUUGUGCUGCUCAGUCCACAAAACUACACAAGAUACACGUAUGCUGAUGAAGUUAACAUUUUGUGUAAAAGGGUCGGUUUUCCACAGUAAUAAGGAAGAUCAGCAGAAAAGAUAAAGGCUGUUUUUGAUGCCGGUUGUAUCCCUUUAAGAUCUGCCUCUUGUCAAGAUUGACAAGUGCAGGAAAAAUACAUAAGACAAUUCCCUACUUUGGUGUUUUUAAGAUAAAUAGAUUAGAAAUAAAGAAAAGAACAGUCUGAAAGAGAGAAGCGGAAACAGGAGAAAGGUAAGUUUGAGGUGACAGAGCCACUUUAAUAAACAUUUAGAUAAAAAUUCCAGGGCGGACUUUACCUCUAUUUUUAUAAUGCACUGCAGAUUAAUUUCACUGGAAGCACCAUAGCCCAUUUACUUCAUUAUUGCCCAGAGAACAGCGUGUAUGGGGAGAGAGUGUUUUUUGUUUUUUCUUCUCUGAGAAAGCAGUAAAUAUCACAUUGACACCUUUUGGAUUCUCUCCUAGACUGUGUUUCCAAGCAUCUGUUUCAUAAUUUCGUCACAGACCAGAUGACUACAUCUCCUGCAAAUGGGUAAGAGCCACUGUGUGUGAUGUAUUAAGACUACAAUCCUUCUGGUAAAUAUUGCAUACAUAGCAAGAAAAUGUUAAAGUGCUUCUGUCAUGGAAAUAGAAAAAGGUGAAACUUUUUUAGUAAUAUAAAAAAUAUGCUGCUCACCAUUUUGCAGAAGACUUACAUUUUUAAUCUGAAUUUGAGAUAGGUUGACACCUUUGUGCUGUUUUAAUAGACUUCUAGACUACUGAUAUGCAGGUGGAUUGUAUGCACCUUUUAAUCAUCAGUUUUUAGUUCUACAACUCGACACACCAGUCUCCCUCAUUACUACAGAUUUCCAUAACAUUCUAUUUAAACAUACAUUUAUGUGAACAAAAUUCUUUUUUUUUUUUUUUUCUUCUUCUGGAUGGCGGCAGUACCCACAACAGGAAUUUCUUCCUUUGUCUUCCACUGACAGGCAGUAUUUUACUAUUAAAAUUUUUAUUGUGAAGGUUGGGAUCACCUUGUAGUUAUAAACAGAGGAUAACCCCAACAGUUCCCAGCUUUCUGACUGCACCUAAAGAGACAGUUAGGCAGUAUUUCCCCUGAGAGGCCGUAAAUGAGAGAGUAACGGUUGCAAUAUUGUAAAGAGCUCUAUAAUUUGAAUGCACGCCGAUAUAGCGUUCAUUACAAUGCAUGUGCAUUGGAAUCAUGCCAUCUUGACUCAAAUUGGAAUUUCUCCAUGUAUAUAACUCCUUGUGACCACACAUAAGCCUUCUGGUGCGAUCUACAUACCGAAAGUGUCAUCACCUUUCGCCCUAUGCUCUUUAAAGUAAGACGAGUGAGUUUUUGUUUUUUAUGUUGCCGUUGCCUCUGGAGAUUACUGGCCCUUAGUUGCUUUGUUUUUUGUUUUGUUUUUCCUGUUUGUCUUCUAGGAUGUCUAACUGCUCUGAAAAGCUGGAAUCCCCUUUGAAACCUGACAAGCCUGAAAGAAGAAAAAAAAUUUUUUUACAAAAAACUAAAAUUUUCUUGUAUUAUUCUCUUACCUGAUGGUUUAAAAAGAAAACCGGGUAAUACUUUUCAGAAUUUAAAUCUGCUACUCUCCAAAAUUUGAGCCCACAAUGCGAUUCAGCUGAAUUUUUGGGGAUGAAAGAAUUUUCAUUUCUCAAAGCGGUUUAUUGAGUGCAAAAUUUUAUUUUUUUUAAAAUAAAAUUAUCAGAUUUUGAUGACUCCGUUAAUAGUUCUUCUGUUUAUUUGUCUUCAGAAGAUUUUUCUAUUUUUGAGGAAUAUAGUAUGUCUAAAUUUAUUAAGGAAGUCACAUAUACAAUGGAAGCAGAAGAGGGUAAAGAUUCUCAGAAAAUGAAAACUAAAUGUUUUCCAUUGCAUCCUAAGUUUAAAGAAAUUACACGUGAGUGUGGAAAAAUCCUGAAAAGAAUAUAUUUUACGAAACAUAAUUUAAAAAAUUUUUUUUUAAAUGUUUUGAUUUAAAGUAACAUGAAGGUGAUGCCUAACGUAGAUGUUUCAGUAGCUCAGUUAGGGGAAAAGACUAUACUAUUCCUAUCAGUAGUACAGCAAACUUGAAAGAUACAAUGAUCAAAAAAUCUGAAAUCUCUUUAAGGAUAAUAUUCCAGUAACAUCCAAUGGAAAUAUAUUUGAGAAACAAACUUUUUUUACCCAAAUAGACAUGGGGAUGCCAGGCCUGUAGGAGGCAGGCUCUCCUAUUUUCUAAAUACCUUGCAAAAUACCUCCUCGGACCAUUAGGUUUUAAGAAUUAUUAAUCAGGCUGCAAAAUAGAAUUUGACGUCAUUCCUUCCCAACAUUUUAUAUGUUCAGAUGUUCCUUCACAGGAACUAGAAGAAAAGCUUCUUUCCUUACGGUCAUGGAAUGGUGGGGGGAAAGCAUCAUGGUAGAAGAGAUCCCAGAUAAAGAAAAUUCAGGGGAUAUUACUCAAGGCACUUUCUAGUGAAGAAACCAGUUGGUUAAUUCAGGGCAAUCUUAGUUUUAAAACAAAUGUACAAAUUUGUAACAAGGAAAACAUUCAGAUUGAAGAACAAUUCAUCAGCAAGCCAACUCUAAUCAAAAGAGGAGAUUUCCUAGCAUCACUGAACGUAAAAAAUGCAUAUCUUCAUAUUCUAAUCUCAAUAAACAGUUGAAAAUCUUUUAGAUGGACAAUAAUAAUUAUUGUGUUGGCACUCUAUUACAGGGUGGUGCAGGUAUUAGAGGUAACCCCCUAUUUUUAUUUUCACCUUUUUUAUUAUUUAUUUUUCAAUUUUUGUCGGCUGAUCAGUCUGAAAGAAUUGUCAUUAUUGCUUAAUUAUUUGUGUAUUCACCAGACUAUAUAAGAAUUACCAGCUUCAUCAAAAUUUUAUAUAUAUAUAUAGAUAUUAUGGAAUUUUGUCUUGACUACUGUAGAUGAAUUAACAGUGUGUGUAUCAUUCUGUAUAUUUGGCAAUAGUGGUCUUGGUUGAUUUAAAUUUUUUGUCAUUAAGUGUAUAAUAAAUUUUUUUUUUUUUCUUCAGCAUAUCAAUUCUUUUUGAUGCAUGUUAUAUGCUAUUGGGUGCGAUAUUAAGUUAUUUGUUUGAAAAUCUUUAAGAUUCACAAUAAGAAAAAGCAUAAAGAUUAUGUGCUAUCCAUUCACAGCACUGCCUUUCCGCCUUUCUUUAUCGCCGAACAUAUUUAAGAAAAUUAUGAUAGUCAUUACAGCAGCCUUACCUGGACAAUUGGCUCAUUGUGGCAAAUUCAGAAGACUUUUUUUAAAAAGGAACAUCAGAAUUUUCUUCUUGUUUAGAAAAUCAUGGCUUGAUCAUAAACAAAAAAAAUCACACAAUUCACCUACACUAAAAAAUCCAGUUCCUAGGAAUCAUUAUAAACACAAGAAGCAUGAAACUUAUUCGUCAAGAAAAGUAAAAAAAAAAAAGACGCUUUCAAAUUGUCAGAAGCACGUCUGUUCAGUCAUACAAUCCUUGAGAAUUGUAGUGUUGUUAAAUUCUACAAUUCCUUCUACAAAGAAUUGUUACAAAAAUUUGUACCUCUCAGAUAAUUUCACCACAGUUGUAUACAUAAACAAGCAGGGAGGCAUGAGAUCCACACAUUUACUAACUAUGUUAAAGAAUUAUUAUAUGGGUGGAAGAUCAUGUUCUAGGCAUCUUGCCAUUCGCAUAAAAGGCUAAGACAACUGUUUAGCGAAUGCUUUAAGCAGAAGUGGACUGUGUCAAAAAGAUUGGUCCCUUUCAAGAAACACCUUUCAGAAGAUAACUUGGCAUUUUGGUGUUCCAGAAAUAGAUCUUUAUUGCUUCAUAUGUCAAGAAGAAGACCCAAGAAUUUGUUUCUGUGCACAAAAUAGGGAACCUGAAAUUCCUAGAUGCAUUGUCAAUCCAGUGGUCCUUCCAGUUUGUUUGUCUUUCUUCCGCUUAUGCUAAUUCCAAAGGUUCUGAAAAGUAUAACAACCGACAGGACGAGUUAUUGCCAUAAUCCCAUUUUGGGGGGAGAGGGGCCUGACUGUCAUGGAGGCUAGACAUGUUUUGGACGAGCUCCUCCACAAGCACCACAAUUGCAACUUCCAACUGCACACUAAUGCCCUCUUGAUCUGGGCCAGAACAAGAGAAAAACAAGCUGCUGGACCUUUAUGCUAAGCGGGGAGGAGGUUGGAGUUGCACCGAGGGUUUGUCAGCCCCACCACGGAAUAUGCAGCCUAGUAAGCACCGAGCUGGAGAUCUGGCCGAUCUCCUAUACUGGGGGCCAUGAAACCUGUUAACCCCCACCCACCCUCACCGGCAGGGGUGAUCCCGGUCCACUCCUGGGAGAUUGCCCACCUCAGACAGGGAAGCGAGCAAGCACCCUACCUAUCAGUGACCUUGCCAAGAUGGUGGAAGGCGCACGCUCCACAGCCUCCAGUAAUGAUCCCAGCAACAUACUACUGCAUCAGCCUACUCCGUCACAGCUAAGCACCUCCUCAUAUUGGGGGCUCCCUCAGGAGACAGCGGCCCUACAUGGGGAGAAGGCUUCCGCAUGGCGGUGGAAAAAGAAGCGCGCUUCAACUAAGUGCAGUACGGCACAACGGCUUGCCCCAAACUGACACACUGCUGGACCAUGCGAGCUAUCCACAGUUCGGCGGGUAUACGGCAUAACGCGUCUGGCCCCAACAUGGCGGAGAUAUCGGAGAGGAAGAGGGGCAGCAGGUGGACCCAUCUCUUCCUCACACCUCCACUCAGGAUGGCCAGGACUGUGAUCUGCCCAUGGAGGGCAUAGGAUGAACAGUCUGAUCGCUUGCACCCUCACCUUACCAGCAAUUGUUUACAAGCCACGUGCCACUCAUAACCUCUUUUUAGUUUUGUCUUAACAUUGUGAGGGCCUCCCAGGGGAAAUACCUGGAGUUAUUGAAACUUUGUAUUCUGUACAUCAUACCCUGUCACGUGAACAUAUUUAUCAACUUUUCUUUCUCCUGUACUGCAAAAACUUUGCCUCAAAAAAAAUUUGAUUGACAAAAACCCCCACUAUUGAUUAGACAAAAUUGCCUCAGAAGACGCUUUCUUCAGGCAGAAGUUUCUGCAAGCCAUAAUUGAAUGACCCACCCUUCUAUUUCACUUGUAUGAUCCCUGUUGUUGGUACUGCCGCUAUCCGUAUGGGAAAAACAGAAUUUCUUUACUCACAGUAAACUCCUUUUUCAUAGGAUUAGCAGCAGUGCAUAUUUGUCACCUUGUCCCCCUCCCCCCCCCCUUUGUUUGUUUAUUAAAGAUAUUUUGUAUUCUAUGAUGUCUUGAUUAUUACAGGAGACUGUUGGUUUUAUCCUUUUUUUUUUUUUUUUAUACCUACAAGGGGAUGAAGUGGGGUGGGGAAGGUCCUGACCUCAAUUAAAAUGUUAAGGGUAAAAAGCUGCCUGUCUUUAGAAGACAAAAGAAGAAAAUCCCUUUUGUGGGUACUGCCUCUAAUCCUAUGGAAAAAAUAAUUUUAGGUGAGUAAAAAAGAAACAAAGUUUUUCUCUCAUGUAAUGAUUUCCUUCCUAGAAAUAAUUUAUAUGGUUUUUACCCACAUACUUGAUGACACAUGAUGGCAACUUGUUUUUGUUGCCUCUGUUUCCAAUGAUUGUCAGACAGCUUUUAGUCCAUUAUAACACUGACUUCGCUUCAAAGGUAACCUGUUCUGUAACAUCUAGUGUGCCAGAGGAUAGCCAUCACUGGACAAUCUGUUUGUGUUUACAGGAGGACAGUGACAAAACCGUUAUUGGCUGCAAAACCUAGUACAUUGACAUCAGAGGCAAAUCUGCAGAAAGAAAUCAAGAAGUUAAAAGACGCGGAGAAGGAUAGCAGCAAGCAGCCCAUAAUCGUAAGAAUCAUAAUAUUCUACUGCUGUUUAUUUAAUAGCAAUGAUUGUUGUGGGGGUGAGCAUGAAUAGGCACAAAGGAAAUGAUUGUCUCUGUUGCGGUUAUUUGAAUCAUUGAUCCGCUGCAGGGUGUAUCUAGGGAGGUAUCUAAAUACAGACACUAAAGGAAGUUGUGGUUUGUUCAUUAAAUAGAUUUUUAUACUUCAUCGUUCCACGUCUGGUGUUUGCCCUUAGAGAUAAAUGAACAGCAAAAAAAUACAAUAAAAACCAUUGAAGGCAAAAUAUCUUGAAUUGCAAUGUAAACACUAGAGCCUGCUGUAGGAGUCAUGCUGCUAGACGUCCCUGGUGCUGUCCUGUUAAGAGUCAAACCGUUGUUGAAUGGUGUCCCACGGCACCCAUACUCAAGCUCCCUCUUCAGAUAUCUUCCACGUUGGAUAAUCGGUUUUGUUCUUAAAAGUGCAUUAUAUAGUCACCAGAACUACAGCAGCUUAUUUAAUUUGUUCUGGUGAGUAGAAUCAUUUCCUUCAGGCUUUUUGCUGUAAACACUGUCUUUUCAGAGAAAAUGCAGUGUUUACAUUACAGCCUAGUGAUAACUUCACUGGCCACUCCUCAGAUGGCUGUUAGAGAUCCUUCCUGUGUCAUGGCUGCCUAAAAUGAAUCCAAACAUUCAGUAUCUUCGCCCUCUGCAUGCAGACACUGAACUGUCCUCAUAGAGAUUCAUUGAUUCAAUUCAUCUCUAUGAGGAGAUGCUGAUUGGCCAGGGCUGUGUUUGAAUUGUGCUGGCUCUGCUCCUUGUCACUCUCAGCCAAUCCUAUGGGCAAGCAUUGUGAUUGGAUCAGACUACCACUUCUAAUGAUGUCAGGAGGUAGCUAGCUAUUCUGAGGCAAACAGAAUGCAGAGCUACAGCUUCAAGUUUGAAUACAAAUAAGAUUUUACUAUAUUUAGGUAGGCAUCAGGGGCUCAGGGGGCUAGAUGGUGGUGUUAACACUAGAGUCAGGAAUACAUGUUUGUGUUCCUGACCUUAUAGUGUUCCUUUAAUUCGAUGCAGUUUGAGAAAAAUUACUCUAUCAAUGCAUGCCAUUUGCAAAAAUAGAUAUCAGGGAUGUUUCAUUAUGUGAGCCUUGUGGAUAGAGGGCAGUCGCCAAGUUCAACAAGUUGGUUCUUUUCAUAGAGAUUUUGGCGUCGUUAUACUGGGUGUCAGUCUUACAGCCACUAGAGGUGUAUCAUUGGACAAAUGCAAAACGUUCUCUGAAACAAUAACAUUUUACAUUGUCUAAAAAGAGAAACUGCGUCUGCUCAAAAAACAUUUCAUGAAGAUGCACUUUGGGGUUGUUUUUUUUUUUUUUAUAUCGUUCAGUAAUUGUAACUUAUGAGGAAAUGUUACAUAGACUCUCAGGCUCUUUACAUAAAUUCGACCGAGCUUGGUCACAAUGGCACAAAGUUGUAACAGGACUACGGUAGAUCCUAUUGUAUAGGUGGAAGCAUCAAUGUGUAAAUAUAAGCAUGUCACUUGUCUUUUCUAUCUCUGAGGAUGCUGUCAUUACUUUUGCACUUAUAAGAUGUAAUGGUGCCCUUUGACUGAUAAAUUUUAUUUUCAGUAGAGAACUGAUUUAAAAAUAAAAAUGAUAUAUAUAUUCCUUUACUAUCUCUGUUCACUCCAGUAUUUCUUUUUUAUAUUCCUUAAUAACUCCUUGAUAGUUCUGUGAAUUCUUACUACCAACAACUGGCUUGGAGUGCAGAAAUAUUUAUUUGUACUGUUUAGCAGAAAAUAAAUACACUUUUUUUUUAUUUAUUUUUUUUAAAUGUAUUGAUUUUUAAAGUUGAUUUAGAUUUUUCUCAUUUAUUGAAAUUGCAGUCCCUUUUAAAGUUUAUAUGGAAAUAAGAAAUUAAACCAAUGGUUUGUGUACAGAUGAAAAGUCUGAAUAUAUAAAAGAUAGUCAACUUCUUACAUGGGUAAAUAUUGCAUGUAGUGGUCAGUAACUUAAGGAGGUUUGUACAUUUCUUCCCCUUCAGGACGCAGGUCAGAAACGGUUUGGCGCGCUAUCAUGCAGCAUCUGUGGAAUGUUAUACACUGCAUCAAAUCCUGAAGAUGAAACCCAGCACCUACUGUUUCACAACCAGUUCAUCAGUGCUGUAAAAUAUGUGGUAAUAAUAAUAUGUCAUAACGAUUUUAGCAUUUCUAUCCCAGCCGUAAGUAAAAAUAUCAAUAUUGCAAUUUAGAAAUAAUCUAGUUCUUUUGCUGAUCGUAUUCUUGCCUGGAUUACUAGAAUUGUUUUGACAGAAGCCGCUUGCUGCUGUCCCUCGCUUACUGCAUUUAGAAUUUCUAUAAACGCCUUAAUUAUUUUGUUUGAGUUGCAGGUCAUGUUGACUUUGUAGAGCUAGUGUCCUCACAAAAAAAAUAUUGUGUGCCUGAUCAGGCUUCUGUAAAUUCUCACCCAGGGCUGGAAGAAGGAGAGACUUGUGGCAGAGUAUCCUGAUGGAAAGAUCAUCAUGGUAUUUCCGGAUGAUCCAAGAUAUGCGCUUAAAAAGGUUUCCUCUACACUCUAUCAAAUGUGUCCGAAUGUGCUGAAGACGUGCGUGUGUGUGUGUGCAUGUGUGUGUGCGCGCUCGUGCAGGCUAUAUUUAAUACUGACAUGUCUUUUUAUUCAUUUUAGGUUGAGGAAAUCCGAGAAAUGGUGGAUAGUGAUCUAGGUUUUCAGCAGGUUCCCCUGAGGCUCCAUUCCAGAACAAAAACACUUUUAUUCAUUAGCAAUGACAAGAAGGUGGUUGGGUGUUUGAUAGCAGAGCACAUUCAGUGGGUAAGUAUACAUUUAACAAACUCUGCAGUGUGUGUGUUUGUUUUUUGUUGUUUUUUUAUGUUUACAGAAAAUGACAGGUGACUCCUGCAAACAUAUUAUUUUUUUUUGUUUUUGCAGAAUUGUCUGUGUAUGUAAUAAUAUAUGUACAUAUAUACCUGGCUAAUUUCCUAAACUGUGCUGAAUUGAUUUCUAAACUGAAAUAGUAAAUGUCAAAAUUCAGGUAAUGGGGCUUAUGUCAUAGACUGUUUAGUGAAUUAACCCCAUGGUAUAAAAAUGAGAAUUUAAGUUUUAUAACACCCCUUUUCCCCUUUUUGAUAGUGGAAAAAGUCAGUUAAUUAGAAAACCUCACAGCUUGUAUAUUACAAAAUGCAGUCUCUCUGCAGUGGAAGGUAGACUGGAUGAUCAAACACAUGCUUACAUAAAGAACAUAUUCUUAUUUUGUCAUUGUGUGUUAUGUACCUCAUAUGUCUGUGACUACACCCUACCAGUGAUCAGGCUCCAAAAUCUGCCUAACUAAUGUUAGUUCCAUAUUACAGGCCCUAUACACCUGGGAGAGCUAAUAACUUUACAUAAAGCACAAUAAUAGAAAUAUUCAUAUGUGGCUAAUUUACUCCACUUCUAUUCAAGCAGAGUUGCAAUAAAAUGGUGUGCACACAGUAAUCCUAAUGCUGUGAGGAUAACUUAUUUUUUUUAUUACAGAUGUCAAUUAAAAUAGACUAAUCUGUUAUAAAAGAGGAAGCUCUGCAAAUUAAUAAGAUACAGUACUGUAUGUAUACUAUACAGACAUAUAUUUAUAGUAAAUAUUAAUCUAUAUAAUGAUGAUUGUGUACACUUUCAAAAGGAAUGCUUGGGAAUAGGAGCAGUGCAAAUGUGUUACUUUUUGGUUCCAGAGAACUGAAGGUACACAUGGAACAUGCAUCUCUCAGCAUUGAAUCAAUGCUUUCCUAUCGGAUUUUACUGACACUGGAUGCUUUAAUGCAAAGCGUGAGGGCUUCCAGCGUCUGGCAACACAGUCAGGUAAACUCCCGGAAUCGCUUCCAGUGGUUGUCUGGUAGACCGCCACUAGAAGGUGUCGAAAUACUGCAAUGUGAACAUGAGCUGAAGUAAUCUGGGUGGCUAUAGUGUCCCUUUAAACAAUAACCAUUCUUGUGAAGGAACAAAGGUGAAAUAUAAACUUUAAGAGUUAUUACAUUUUGGUUGGCCAUUGGAUUGAUUAAAUAGUGUAUCCUUGGGGUCUGAAGUGUGAGAGAUUCCCAGCACAAUGUGAAUCAAGGAGAAAAUUCACAAAAGUUGGAUAGCAGGACAUUGUAAGUAGAUGCUAGAACCAACAAAACCUUAGAGAAAUGCUGGAGGUCAUAGAGUACAUUUGACCUAUGUUAGUUGGGUUCAUAAUACCAGCAACUUCUGUUUGUUUAGUUUUUUUAUUUUAUGUGCAUUUUCUUUGCUAAGGAUGCAUGAAAAGCUAUAUAUUUGCUUUGAUCUAGAUAGAGGUUAUCACCUAGUUUAUUCAAUUUUAAGCCUGUUUUUCAUUCAGGAUCUUCUAACAUGAGCACAGGCAAGUGAAUGUGCAUCAAUAUAUUUCCUUCCAACAGUUCUGUUUAUGAUCCUGACCAGGAAUAAUCUAUAUACUGUUGGGAGUACGUGCUUUCUAAAUCUGAUCUGUUAAGGUAGCAAGACUCCGACUGACAAAGGGAAACCUGUUCUUGUCUUCUAGGGCUACAGGGUGAUUGAUGAAAAAGAUCCUGGAGAUAAUUUGGAAAGCGAGUCAGCCAUUUGUGAGAGGGUAAAAGCCUGGUGCUGUUCAACUACACCUGAGCCAGCCAUCUGUGGAAUAAGUCGUAUCUGGGUGUUUUCAAUGAUGAGGCGGAGGAAAAUUGCCUCCAGGAUGCUUGAGUGUUUAAGGUAAGGAUGUUUGAAACCAUAUACAUGUCAAAUGUCAGCUAAGCUUACUUUUGUACUGCAGGUCUUCACAGCACAGAAUACAUUGUAACGGUAGACUUCUCCAAUGCAUGUUUUUUUUUUUUUUGAUCAGGAUAUAAAAACUAUAAUAAAGGCACCCUUUGUAAUUUACCGCUUUUAAAAGAAUACAUUGAUAAAUAGAGUUGUCCAGAACCAACCAAAAUGUGUUCCCAAAAGGUGAGUUUCCAAGCAAAUCCAUCAUAUGAUUAUUAAGUCAUGACAUGGUUUUAGUUUUAGAGUAUGAGAUAACUGGUAGUUUACUGCACAAAAUAUUUAGUGUUUUAGACUAGACCAGGCCUCUCAUUUGUUCCAGAGUGACAACGGUUUGACUGGAGGAUGCAGUGCCCAAUAAAUGUCCAGCAGAGUAGAUGUGUGAAAUAGUAUUGCGUAUAUUUAUUUUUAUUAGAUAGAGAAAUCUAGGCUGAUUGACCUAAUCUCUAAUAAUAAAAAUUAACUGCAUUUUCUGAGAUUCCUGUAGUUAUUAUAGUUUAUUAUAGUUUAAGAUUGAAAUAAGUAGUGUCUAUAGAUAUUUUUACUAGUAGAGAACAUACUUUCUCAUCAUUGUCCUUAUUUGCUAUAUAUAUUUAUGUAUGCCAUUGCAACCUACUUUGUGAGAGUAUUGUCUCUUUAAUUUAGACUUUUUGGGGGUAUUUUAUCAUAUUUAACAUUGCUAAUAUCUUAUCUAUUGCAGAAAUCAUUUCAUAUAUGGCUCUUAUCUGAGUAAAGAAGAAAUUGCAUUUUCGGACCCAACACCAGAUGGCAAACUGUUUGCAACACAUUAUUGUGGCACCAGUCAGUUUCUUGUGUACAAUUUUAUCAAUGGACAGAAUCCGAUGAGUUGAAGCAAGGACUUCACAGCUGAAAUAGUUCACAGAGCCCUGUUUAUUUUUAGUAUUCUCCUAAAAGUGAACUCAGGAUAUGAACACCCAAAGGGCUGUUCGGUUUUAAUAAAACUGGAAAAAAGAUUCAGAAAAAAGCUUAAUUUUUUUUAAGCAAAUAUUUUGCUAUCUUUUUUUUCAACAGAUUCUAGUUUAAGUAUUUUCUACACACUAGUCUUGUAUCAUGCAACAUAUUGUUUUGUUUGCAGCAGACUAAACUGUAAAAAUAGAAGCCUUGAUGAUAAGUGUAAACUGAAGACCUUUUAUUUUUGGUAUAUACAAGUACAGCUGCUUAUGUGUGGUGACCACUUUUUUUUUUUUUUGUCUGUUGAGUGCCAGACAGUAGGGCUUGUGCUGACACUCUGCUUAAGGUAUAUCCUGCAUAAUUUAUGCCAGUCUUGUCAUAAAACUUUAAAUUGUACAAUCAUAGUCCUCUUGAUACAACAUUGGUUUGCAGUGAACAAUUUAACCUGCAAGUGUGGAAUUUUUAAAUGUUUUCUUCUUCUUCCUACCACGAUCUAUAGGAGUCCUAACAUCAUUAUGUUCAGAUUUCCCCUUUAAACCACCCAUUUAGAGAAUGUCAGCUUGUAAUAUCAGAUGGCAUGUGUGACAUAGUGAAGUUCAAUUCCUGGAGAUGGUUCUGUGGUCACAAAGUGAUUUUAUUCCUUUACUGGUCAGCAAACGUUUCACGACUACCCUAAAUAGUUUUUAGGGAUAUAAUGUAUGCAUUGUCUUGUAAUAAGUGUUUUUCAUUUGCACAUGAGAAACUGGUAGCUCCACUGUCUGAAAUGUUACUUUUAGCAGCAUUGUUCAAUUCCUAGUUCUGUGCUGUGUAUAUACCUUUUUAAAGACUUCAGUGUGAGACUUGUCUAAGAUUCAGCGACUCUUGUUUUAAGAGUUAAUACUGUAUGUUCAUAAACUGCUGUGGCCUUUCUGUAAAUGUGUAGAAUAUGAAUAAAAAGUUGCCUUUUUAAAAGAAAAUAAAAUUCCCCUGAUAUUGUAAAACUCUCAAAUGUCCACAUAUGCCACUCUGUCCAAUUGUUUAGUGAUUUAAAGGUACCCUAUAGUAACCAGAAUAUCUACAGCUUGAUAUAGUUGUUCUGGUGUCUAUAGUAUAGAAAAGGUAUUGUUCCUUUAAAAUAAUCUACUGACAUGUAUAUAGCUUUA